AAUGUCGCGGACCGUAGCGAGACUCGGGUCGAGGCCAUGAGGUUCUCAGAUCCUGGACCAGACUGCAUGUUUGGCGACGAUGGAAGCUGUUGGAAACAUUAUGAUAUUGGCAUGGUGCAGAUUUUCUCGGUAAAAGUGGGCAGCCUUCCUGCUGAUGCUGGGUCCGUAGAGCUGUAUGGGUACAUAGCAGCUCGAGAUCAACGGGAUCCAUUCCGUAACUAUGUCGUCAACAUUAGCAGGGAUGAUCCCAUCGUUGUGGAGGAAGGUUCUCUCGUCGACAUGGCUGGCCCUAAGCAGGGGAUACAGUUAAUGGACAAUACUCUGAUCGAAUAUGACAUGAGGAUCAAAACAGGCGAACAAGAACAGGAUGACCUGCAGAUGCUAGACGGUGCAUCAAUUUUAAGCUUCAUUGGUCCAUGGAAUUACCCAUUCAAGUUAGACACCCCGGGAGACUAUGGCACGAUUGACAUCAUUUUAUCACCUAUUCGGUGGGCUGUUGAGGCGACGGUUAAGGUUCACAUACUAGAAGUACAAAGCAGUUUCAGGUUGUCACUCAUAUGUUUAACCAGCGGGAUUGAUGAGCAAAUCGUGCUCUUUGAUGACAUCAUUUCCGAGUCACACGACUUGAAAAGGUCUCUGGUUGCUGUUAGGAGCCGAUCUUUUGUAGAUUUGAAGUUCAAUAUAGGCGCACCGUCAUCUUGUCCCGACCAACAUUGUUGUUCCUUCAAGGCUGAAUGGCAUGGGCAUAUUAUACAAAAGAUAAGGACCUGUUUUGCAUUAAUCUUAGUCAACGUGUCUUGGUCGACCUUGCCUCCUUACUUUGAUGGCUAA